AAUGUGUUGUCCUUUGUCCUUUGACGUUUAUAUUGUAUAUUUAUCAUUUCUAUUCAAUCGUACAGUUGUUCGUGAGAAAUAUUAAAUUUUCAUAAUGAGAAUAGUUUUAGACAUUCGUGAUUAAGUUUUAUGGCGGAAGUUAUAAUAUUUAAUCAAUUUGAUUAUUUGCAGCUGUCAUAAUUGCAUAAAUAUACACAACAGCUUGUGUUUACAAUAACAAACAGGAUAAGUAAUUUGUUUCGCAUAAUAUGUCCAGAACAAAAGAUGUUCCGUUUGGUGCACACAUUGUCUCGAAGAUUACGAGCAGAUGUUGCCCUUGUCAUCAGUCAACACGUUUGUUGUGGAACCAAGGCGCUGUUUUGGUGCUCACCUUUCUAUCCUACAUGUGCUACCACUUGAACAGAAAGCCAAUCUCUGUCGUUAAAAAUGUACUGACUGUCAAUUGCAGUAACUUAUCUCCACCACCUAAUUUCCCUGUAAAUUCUAGCAAUCGAGACACUUGGUGUGAUUGGGCCCCUUUUGAUACUCACGAUUCAUCGGCAUUACUUGGAACACUCGAUUCAGCAUUUUUAUUUGCAUAUGCUGGUGCGAUGUUCCUUAGUGGCUUUAUUGCUGAAAGGGUAAAUCUACGUUAUUUUUUGGCUCUGGGAAUGCUUACAUCCGGAAUUGCAUCUUACUUAUUUGGAAUAGCAAGAUCAUAUAAUAUACAUAGUCUUUCUUAUUUGAUUCUGGUCCAGACAUUUGGUGGAAUAUGCCAAACAACUGGCUGGCCAGGCGUUGUUACAGUUGUUGGAAACUGGUUUGGAAGAGGAAAUCGUGGAUUGAUAUUUGGAAUUUGGAAUUCACACACCUCUUUAGGGAAUAUUUUAGGCACUUUGAUUGCAGCUUACUAUGUCCAAAGUGAUUGGGGCUUAAGCUUCAUAGUUCCUGGAGCCAUAAUGGGAAUUUGUGGCUUUCUCAUUUUCUUAUUUUUAGUGCCUCAUCCAGAAAAUGUUGGCUACUCAACACCUGGACCACUGGGAUAUAGAAAAAUUGAAACACCUGGAAGUUCAGAUGAAAGUAGUGGUGGAGAUGAAGAAACACGAAAUAUUGAUGAGAAUGUGGCUUAUCGGCGUGGCUGGCACCAACACAGCGAUUUUCAUGAAGUGGAAAAUCUACGGACGGAAACGAGUCCUAUGCUAUGUAUCAAUAGACAUGCAAAAAAUGACAUACCCAUAGGAUUUCUAGGAGCAAUCAAUAUUCCAGGAGUUCUCGAAUAUUCCUUUUCCUUAUUCUUUGCUAAACUUGUUAGUUACACAUUUCUCUACUGGUUACCACUCUACAUUGCUGCUUCAUCAACUUACAAUGCAAAAGAAAGUGCCAACAUUUCAACUGUAUUUGACAUUGGAGGAGUUUUUGGGGCCAUUGCAGCUGGUAUGCUGUCGGACUAUUCUGGCAUGAGUGCUCUAACCUGUGCUGUGAUGCUUGCUCUUGCAGUGCCUACACUCUUUAUUUACGACUAUUUGGGCACAGUCAGUUUCGGCGUGAAUGUAUUGUUAUUACUCACGGCAGGAUUUUUAGUGAACGGACCCUACGCCCUUAUAACGACCGCAGUGUCCGCUGAGCUAGGCACACAUUCCAGUUUGGGCAACAACGCGAAGGCUCUCGCAACCGUCACCUCCAUUAUUGACGGAACGGGCAGCGUAGGCGCCGCAAUUGGGCCACUACUGGCUGGCCUUGUCUCCAGCUAUUACGGAUGGCACAAUGUUUUCUACAUGCUUAUGGCUGCCGACGUCUUGGCGCUGUUUUUGCUGUCGAGGCUAGUUUACAGAGAUAUCAAAAUGUUGGUCCAAAGAAGAUGGUCUGUUUAACCGUGAUAUUAAAUUAAUUAUUAAUAAUAGGAAUAAUUCAUUGAGUGGAUUCUAAAAUACAUCAAGUAUUUUACUGCUAGACAAAGACUUUACAAAUCUGUUACAGUAUAUAUUUUUAUUUACUGCCAAAUCGGCUGUUGUAAAAA